AUGGAAGAGAAUUUAGUUUACCAAGAAGAUCAAAAAAUUAAGUAUACUCUAAGAGAAUCAAAGUAUUGUCCGGAAUGUAAUGGACCUACGUCUUUCGGUUGGUGUGUAACGUGUGAAACUAAUUUUAUGAAGGGAAGAUUUCCUUAUUGGUCAUCAGGAAAUAAAGAUGUUGAUGAAUUAAUCCGUCAUACUCAAUUAAAUUCCUCACAAACUUGUGAUUAUUUGGAAUGGAUUCCAUUUGAGGCAUUUGAUAUGGUUAAAUAUAUUGGGAGUGGUGGAUUUAGUAGCAUUUAUUCAGCCCUUUGGAUGGAAGGUCCUAGAUUAGUUUGGGGUGAAGGAUUGCAAGAAUGGACUCGAACUGGUCCAAUAAAAGUUGCUUUGAAACGACUUGAUAAUUCAACAAAUAUUACAGGUUCUUACGUUAAUCAGAUUAAAACACAUCAUAAAUGUAUUCAGUCAGUUUCAUUAGCUGAAACAUUUGGUAUUACAAGAGAUCCAACGUCUAAUUAUAUGAUUGUUAUGAAGUAUUAUGAAAACGGCAACUUAUAUCAAUAUCUUGAUCGUUCUAACGGGAUUCUUUCCUGGAAAGAUAUAAUCGAUAUAUUAUGGGAAAUAGCUGAAGGUCUUGAAAAGAUUCAUUCUGAAGGAAAAGUCCAUAAAAAUGUUCAUGGAGGAAAUUUACUUGUGGACGAGAAAGACGUUACAGAUACUCGUGUUAGUGAUGUUGGUCUCUAUGGACCAUGUUACUAUCAUGAAACAAACCAAAUAUAUGGAGUUUUGCCAUACAUUGCACCAGAAAUUUUACGUGGUGAAAAUUACAAUACCGCUUCCGAUAUAUAUUCAUUUGGUAUUAUUAUGAAUAUUCUUGCAGCCGGAAAAAGACCUUGGUAUAAUAGGGCUCAUGAUAUUAAUUUAGCAAAAGAUAUUUGUAAUGGGGAAAGGCUCAAAAUUCCGGAGGAUACACCAGGUUUUUACGCAGAAUUGAUGCGACAAUGUUGGGAUAAUGAUCCAGUAAACCGUCCAACUGCAUCUUAUUUAUAUAAAAAAUUAAAUUGGAUCAAUUUAAUUCGUGAUAAUCCAAAUCCAUUUGAUGAUAAUUAUUACGUUUCUGAAGAAAAAAGAUGUAAAAUUAUUUCUCAAUUAUCUAAAACAUAUACUCAUCCGGAAAUACAUCCCGAAGCAUAUUAUACAAGUAGACUUUUGUAUUUUCCUGAAUUAUUUAAACAAAAAAAAUUUUAA